AUGAUUCAUUUUCAGAUUUUUUUGAGACUUGGUCCUGAUGAGACUCACGUCAAGAAAUGUAUGAGAUCAGAUCAAAUGAAACCAAAUGUGAAAUUCAUGGUCCCAGCGGCCAGUCUAGUCACAGAAGAGAAACUACAGAUUGAGCUUUUCAGAGUCACUAUCUCUGAAAUCAAACUCUCUCUGAAGUUCUCUCUGAAUGAUCACAUAGAGUCAUAUAUCACUAUAUUGAUUAAGAGAAGAGGCAGUGUUACAACAGUGAUGAGAGAGUCAGAGAAUGAACUGAACACAGAUGAACUAACUGACAGAAGAAAUGAUAUCUCACUGCAAGACGCGGCUACUACUGCCGCGGCUGCAAGAGAUGCAGAAGAAGGAGAAGAUGUGACAAUGAGAGUAAUGCUUUCACAGCUCAUUGACAUCACUGUCUCUGUCUUAAUCUGA